CUCCACCCCUCCUGGCAGCUUGGAGCAGCUCCCGAGCGUCUGGCAGCCCGAGUGGAGCUGAGGUCGGGAACGAUAGUGCACGGACACCAGGGAAAGUGCCAAGUCAUUGUGAUGCCCUUCUGAUGAUGAUUUCAACAGGAAAUACUGCACCGUGGCAGGUUUUUAAUCCAGUUUCUUUGGCUCAUCCUUCUCCUCCUGGUCCUCUUUUGUUUGAUUUUCUCCUCUUCAGAUGAGGCGAAGUAAACAUGAAGUGAUGCUGCAGCAGGAUGAAGGAGUCGCAAAGAUGAGCCUCGUAACGCAAACUUGACGGCAGCGGAGCUGUGAGGAAACCAUGCACGCAGAGAUAGUGGACGCCCUAAACACAGAAUUUUGUUAUUUCUAAAGAAUUACUGAUUUCUUAAGGAGAGCAUUUUCUCAGAUCACGGGCUCGACGGGCCUGGAUUCUUGACAAGCCGACAGCCGGCAUUCCCCGAGAUGACCAUGUCCUCCACUCAGCCCGUCCCCGUCCCGACGCUGACCAUCGUGCCCCCGUCAUCCGACACAGAGUCCUGGUCCCACUCGCCCAGCCCCCAACCCACUCGCGCCAGUCGCCACCCGUGCUCCUACCGCGGCUGCAGCCGGACCAAAAAGCAGAGCACCGACAAGCAACCCGGUACCCCGCAGAUCGUAAUUGAGGAGGAAGUUGCCUCCGUACCCUCUGCUUUUGUGGCCCCUGUUUCGAAGAGGGAGGAUCAGGGCCAGGACCUCCUCCUGCCGCCGUCCCAAUCUUUGUUGCGUAGCCCUUCUCCCAGCCGGCGCUCCCGGUGGUCCCUCAAGAGCCUGCUGGGCAGGGACUCUGACUGGGACAGCUGCAGCACCGCCAGUAACUCUCCACGCAGCACUCCGGGCAGCUCACCCUCACUGCGGCGGCGGGUGCUGGGGGGUGGCCGGGCCAGUGAGAGCGAGGGAGGGGGAGAGAAGAGUGGUGGUGGAGGAGGAGGGGGCUCGGACAGCCCCCUGCCGUCAAUACCGUCGGCGUCCUCGCUCACGUCAGCCUACCCGAUCGCCUCCCGACAUUUCAGGAGCAAUGCCAAGAAAAUGCAGAGCUGGUACAACAGUUCCUCUUUGCCUCUCCCUCAGGUCCUCAGCCCCACGUACAAGCAGCGGAACGAGGACUUCCGCAAGAUCUUCAAGAAACUUCCUGACACGGAGCGACUCAUAGUGGACUACUCGUGCGCGCUGCAGAAGGACAUCCUGCUCCAGGGCCGCCUUUAUCUGUCUGAGAACUGGCUGUGUUUCUACAGCAACAUCUUCCGCUGGGAAACCACUAUCACUAUCCUGCUGAAAGAUGUGACCUCAAUGACCAAGGAGAAGACUGCCAAGCUCAUUCCAAACGCUAUCCAGAUCAGCACAGACAAUGAGAAACACUUCUUCACCUCUUUCGGUGCACGGGAUCGCAGCUUCAUGAUGAUUUUCCGCCUGUGGCAGAACGCACUGAUGGACAAGUCCUUGUCUCCCAAAGAAUUGUGGCACAUUGUGCACCAAUGUUACGGCACCGAGCUGGGCCUCACCAGUGAAGACGACGACUAUGUCUCCCCGACAGCCGAACACAUGAACGGCCUGCUGCCUGGCGAAGAGUCCAUAUCAGUCACUGAUCUUCUGGACCUGAGCUCGGUGUCGCUUCCCUCCACGGGCGGGUCCCCUCCACCGCUGGUGCCCUGCGGUCAGGCCACCCUUCCCUCAGCCACCACCGGCGCGGUGGGCUCAUCCCCGCCCUCCUCGGCCUGCUGCUUGCCCAUCGAGGUGCCCUCCUCCUCGGGUCGGCGGCUCAGUUCGGACCCCCCAGAGCCCAGCCCGCCCAACUCCCAUAGCUCGGUAGUGUCCGCCGCGCCCACCAGCGCCUCUUCGAAUCCAGAUGAUGGUGGGGACAGCCUGUCUGAGUCGGCCAAUCACAUGCUGCCCCUGCCCAACACCAGCCUGGGAAACCUCUCCUCAUUGGACAUCACCAACGACGAGGACCUGCCCACCGACCCGAGCAACUCGUCCGACACAGAGGAGGAGAGUGAGGUGGAGUCGUUUUGCGCCAACCUGAACGGCCGGCUGCACGUCAACACCGCUGUACGAAUGAGUGUGGACAAGUUGCACGACCUGCUCUUCUCUGCCGACACGCACUUCAUUCAGCACCUCUUCUCACAACGACACUUCACUGACCUGACGGUGGGCGAGUGGCAGCGAGAUAGCAGCAGCGGGACCACCAGCCGCGUGCUCAGCUACACCAUCGCCCUCAACAAUCCCCUGGGACCCAAGACCGCCCCCGUAGUGGAGACGCAGACGCUGCACAAGAAUAGCGCUCAGGGCGAGUGCUAUGUGGUGGACUCUGAGGUGAUCACAUCGGGCAUCCCAUACCAGGACUACUUCUACACGGUGCACAGAUACUGCCUCACCGCCAUCAACAAGAACAAGAGCCGCCUCAGGAUUUCAUCUGACAUCUGCUACAGAAAGCAGCCAUGGAGUCUGGUCAAAGCGCUGAUUGAGAAGAACACGUGGAGCGGCAUCGAGGAGUACUACCGCCACAUGGAGAGUGAGGUGUGCAAGCUGGAGACGCUGCUGCAGUCCGAGGUGACCGUGGUGACAGCAGGGGACGCCACCAGCGCCGCUGAGACCGCCAAGACGCCGCUGGCCUUGCGACGACGCAAGCGCACCUGCUCACGCCGCCAGGGGGACCGUGAGGGAGGGGGCACCUCCGAGCGCGGGGACAGGAGCGUCGGGGAGGAACGAGAGCGCAGGGACGCCGGUGCUCAGUAUAUGAAGCUGGGAGAACGUGCACGUGGUGCAGCGCAGAACAGCGUCUCCACUAUCCUCCUCAUUGUCAGUUUCAUUCUGGUGGUGCUUGUAGCACUCAAUAUGCUGCUGUUCUACAAGCUCUAUUCUCUGGAGAGGGCUGCGCACACGCUGGAGACAUGGCACUCUUACUCUCUAGAGGACAGUGUUUUUUUCCCCACCCUCAGUCCUCUUCCUCAGACAGCAGGAGAGUGGGCUCAGGUGUUACAGCUGCAGAGACAGUUCCACCAGGCGCAGCUCAGCAAGUGGCAGCAGAUUCUGCAGUCGUCCGUGGCUCUUCUAGACCAGAUGAAGCAGUCGCUUGAAAAACUCCACCAAGGCAUCACUGUCCCAGGGGUCCACCAGGACCAGCCAGCUGAGACGGACGUCUGAGCCCACUCCGUGUGGUACCGUCCACCCCCCAUACCAACCCACCCACAUGGAUGGUCCACCUUUACAGAACAAUUCCAUAAAAAAAAAACCCACACACACACGCACACCAGGGAA